AUGGAAGGCACAGAGAUCAACUGGGCAAGAUCGGUUUUCAGCAAUCUUAUGGAAAUGGUGAGACCGGACUCAGAUAGGUCUUGGGGGUAUGCCGUACAACUCGGCAAGAUCUUCUUACAUCUGAAGAUCAAAGUCGGUCCCGGUGUUGGAAUACUAAAACGCAGCAUCAUCCGAUCAAGGCAUUUUCUUCCAAGAAAGCAAUCGGCCUCCAGUUCCACAGGUGGCCGAAAGAAGAAAGCCGCGAAGAAAAAUGCCCCAGCAAAAGCAAGCACUGGAGGAAAGAGAAAAGAAAAAGUAAUUUUCGAAGAUCCACCUCAACAAACAGAGGAUGAGGAGUGGGACGAUGAGGAAGCCGACACAGAAGGAACCGAAAAUAGAACGGACCACGACGAUGAUCUUUCGGCUCGAAGUCCGACCGAUGCCGAACAAAGCUUCAAUCCUGAGACCACCGAGGUAGCACCGCGAGUAUUGGAUAAGCUUGAAAAGGGCAAACUGGAAAUUCGGCAGGAAAUAGAGCGGCUGGAAGUCAUAUGCAAUCAGAAAGAAGUACCGGUAUAUACCGCUCCAGUCAUCGAAGAAUUUCCAAUUGACUGGACAACAACCUCAAGAGAAGACACUGAGACACCGAGGGACAUUGAGACACCGAUACAGGACAAUGCUGAAAUACCGACUUCAAAGACUGUUGAGGUACAAAGCUUAGAAGAUGUCGAGGUUCCAAACUCAGAAAUUGAGGUAAUAAACUUAGAGGAUUCGGCUCAAUUAGAACCUCCAAAUGAAGAGGAGGCACCAAUAAAUCCUGAUGAAAGAGCCGAUCCUAAUCCGACCGAGCAGUCCCCUCCCACUCCACCACCGGAAGCUACCGUUUCAGUUCCUCCUAAGGAAUGGAUUGAAGACCGGCUUCAAGAAUUUGAAGCAUCCGUUUCGGGACGGAUUGGUGAGCAACUUAAGAAAUUUGAAGUGUCAACAUCGGGGCAGGUGGAAGACCGGCUUCAGAAAUUUGAGGCAUCAAUAUCAGAACAGAUUGAUGACCGCAUACUUAACCACAACGUUUCUAAGCUUCAACCGCUCAAGGAUAGAUGCGAGAACAUAUUCGAUACGGCUAUGCAGUUCGCCGAUGUGACAAAACAGGAAAGGCUGGACGCCGAGGUUAGCAGAGACAAAGAGGCGCCGCGAGCGACUCAGCUGACCGAAGAAGAAAUAGAGGCCGAAAGAAUAAGAAGGGCCGAGCUUUUAUAUCCAGGAUAUGCUGAACAAUUGGCCAGACAGGCCGCAGCGGAUGCCGAACGAUUAGAAACGGAGCAACGACGGCUGGCGGGAUUUGCGAAGGAACACGAGAAAAAGAAGAAAGCGGCCGCCUCCGUUUCAGCACCGGCCGCCUCUGCCUCAGAACCGAAGAAAAGAAAGAAGCCGGCUAGUAAGAAAGUUCGAAUUGUCGAGACGCUCAACACAAUCUCUGAACUGGUCGAGACGGGUACCUCGCAGCAAGCCGACCCAGAGCCUUCAUCUCUUACGGAAAAACUGUUGGAACGACUCCUUGGGUUUUUCUCUGUGAAUUCUCUUGUUGCCAGUGGGAGAUGGUUGGAUUGCCCUAGCCCUAUCCAGGCGUCGGCUUUCAAGGAAGCGGUUGAAAGAUCCGCCUUGAGAGAACAUUCUCUUUCUCAAUCGUUGUGA